AUGGAAAUGACACGGGAAGAACUCCGAAUAGAAGAUAACGCUACAGAAUCAAAAACCAACAAAGAAAAUAAAACAUCCGAACUGGUCAACGAGUUCGCUGGCUACACUACUCUACAUGGAUUUCACUUCGUUCUUGAGUCCUGCUCUGUUGUCAGGCGCAUUUUGUGGGCGACAUUGAUCAUUCUGGCAUUGGUAAUACUAGCUUUUCAGUGCCUCAAUGGAUUGAACAAACUUCUGGAACAUGACUCCAUGACUAUAAAGGAGCAACAACGUGAAGAUGCGACUUUAUUUCCAGCAGUGACAAUUUGCAACCAGAACAUGCUGCGAAAAGAUAAAAUAAUGGGUACAGAGGCCCAGAAGUUCUUGGAUGAGAUUGAAUCCUUGCUGUACAACGGUUUUCAUAAUAACACAAAUGAUUCUUUUAAUUUGAAUCUGGACAAAGAGGUUAGACGAGCAGGACAUAACAUUUCAGAUAUGCUGAUAGCGUGCUUUUCGCAGGGAAAACUUUGUAAACCGGAGGACUUCUACGUCUUCACGUCUAUAAGGGUAAGACAGGUAUACGUUACCGGUCAAAAAUAUAUUCAGGUUGAAAUUUUUGACCUAGGUUGAUGCUUUCUUUCUUUUAACUCCUAGCCCCAAUUAUUCAUCAGUUAGGGCUAGGAGACAAAGGAAAGAGAGAAUCUUCCUAGGUUACAAAAUGUAACUCUUAUUUUAAUUUUGACCUGCAACAUUUAUCCAGGUAUAUCUUAAUAAAGCGCUGAUUCCGGUCUAUUUAUUCACACUAAACUCCCAGCCUGUAACAUAAUAUGGCUUCUGUUUUGGCGCUUUGUGAUAGCUAGCUAAGAGAUUCGGAAUAUAAUUUAUCCGAAACUUUUCGUUGUGAAGCCCCCUCCCCUCUCCCUGGCGUACAAGUACAAAAGAACAAAAGCAACUGUCUAAACAAUACACCGCCAUACUGAAAUUGAUAUUUUUCUUGUCAGUAAACAAGGAAAUUGGACGCAAUUUGUGCCUUCCCCUCUUUGAUGGUGGGAAUGUCACGUUAAUUGCUACCCUUUUAAGAAGUUAAAACGCGUCUUAGCAUGAACUGAAUUCCAAAAAUAAUAGUCCACUUUUAUUUUUUAAGAGUAUACUUAGGUUUUGGAACUGUUUCCUCUCGUAUGUUGAAACGGAUGGUAAGGAUGGACGUUGAUUGAGACUUGAAAACUUGGUCCAACCAAGAAUCUGUAUGAGCAAGUGAAAGUAAGGCUAUGGUGGCACAGUAGUUUUCUAACCACUGCGCCACCCCUAUGCUCUCUCGCUUGAAUAUAAUGUGACGCAAUGUUUUUUUUUUUUCAGCGUGGUCUCUGCUACACGUUCAACUCUGGAAAGCCUGGUUACGCCUUACGUUACCAGAGAAAUGCAGGAAGGGACAAGGGUCUUUUUCUUCAACUCAACGCACAACCUGAGCAGUAUUAUGGGCCAUUUAACAUGCUUGAAGGAACCGGUUUUCGCGUUGUGAUUCACGAUCAAAAUGACUGGCCAGAUGUGGAGAAUUAUGGAAUGGAUAUCUCUCCAGGAUUUAGCAGCACGAUUAGAGUCCAGCGGUAUAAGGUAUGGGCAAUAUGAAUCAGGUUACCGAGCGAGGCGGGAAGUUAAUCGCUAUUAUUUGUCCGCAGUCAUUACCUUCUGCGGUUUUCCGGAGCAUUGGAUAAUAUUCUACCAGGAUUGUAACACGAUCGUAUGACGGCUUGAUCUAUUCAUAUUCGAUUCUACAGUAAACAAAGACGGUUCGGGCUAUAAACUGUAAAAUAAGUUGCAACACAAAUAACUCCUCUGCGCCCUGUGCUAGAUGUUUUAGUCGUUGUUGUUUUCGUGUUUUUCAAUAAAUGGUGUUGAGAGCUUUCGUUCAUUCGUUUUUUUUUUUUGGUCCGUUUUUGUUCUAGACUAUCCGUCUUCCUCCUCCGUAUACGCCAAAGUGUGGUGAACGGAAGCUGGCUGGCACGAGCAACUAUUCCCAAAGCGCAUGCCUUGUGGAGUGCUGGACAAGGCUUAUUAUCAGCAGAUGUCAGUGCAAAGUCCUGGGCAUGGUCCAUCUUGGUGAGCAACUAUUGAUUAUAACUGGAUCUCUUACUUUUCUCUUUAAUGUAACGUGACGUUGUAUUGUAUUUAUUGGCCGUAAAUGAGAGACAAUUAUUGAAUGAGGCUAGAUAAGCGUUCGAUUGACCUAAUUCUGAAAUUCUGAAUGCAUUGGUACUCCAGGAAAAGAUCAAUAAGGGUAAUCAUGUGCAACAUAUCUGUAUAAAGAAUAGUAAAGAUUAAGGAGGAUCAUAUAUAUCUCCUGAAGCCGAAGGGCAUAAAACAACGUCCUAGUGUUGACAAUUGUCUUAUUUUUUUUUAAGAUGAGUACAAGUCCCUUCGCUAUUGUGGGCCUCGGAAAUUUGUCAGCUGUGUGCUUUCUGCUGAAGGUUAGUGGCCCACCUCAGCUCACUUAAAAUCAUUUUGCCAAAUUUCCCAACCAUUUGAGGUAUCCAUUAAUCUAACUUUUUAAUUCAGUUAAUUGGAAUUAAUUUUUCAUCAAUUUUGGAUAAUUCUCUAUCAUUGCUAUUAAGGUGUGAUGGACUUUGAUGGCUUACUAAAUGGCCAGUAUAUUUCUAACUCUCGAGAAAGAAACAUCUAAACUGUAUAGAAUCUUCUUUGCUGUGUAUGUUUUUGUUUGUUGUUGUUGUUAUCUAUUUUUUGUAAUAUACGUGUUCUUUUCGUAGUAAACUCUACCGUCGAAUCAGCUUGUGGUUGUCCCACAAAAUGUGAGACUGUAACUUUUAAUCAGCAACUGUCAAGCGCUAGUUUCCCUUCCCGACAUGUCCUUCCAAUGCUUGUUAGACAAGCAAAUGCCACUGCAGCUGUUAAUGCAAGUGCCGAGUUUUAUGAUGAGAUUGAAACAGAAUUGAGGUGAGUGGCAGAAGUGUCGAUUGACUGGGUCCUCUUAAAAAAAAUAACCUAUUCAAAUCUGGCUAUGAUCUAGACUCUGCCUAUGAAAAUUUGCUUCCUGAUGUAAUAACCUCAAAAUAUGCAGCAUGACCGCCUGUUUUAUUGUUUACUGAUGAAUACAAAGUGAGAGACCCCAAAAUUUCCCGGUUGAAAUAGUGCCUUCACUAUGUCAUGUAAACAACUUUGGCUUUGACAAUUUACGUCGUCUAACCCUGCAACUUUCUCUAUACGUAUUCUUAAAAUUCUAAAGGAGGCGGAAUACAUUUCCACUCUUACCAGACGAUUAAACGAAAACCGGUCUGUAAAAAAGGAAUCACCGAUGUCAAGUUGACUAGUAUGUGUUAUCAAAUGGUAUACUCGUGAAAUUAGAGAAUAAUUUCCAGUGCCGUAGCCAGACCAAACGGCCAACCGAGGCAGGCGGGAGUUGCUAGGGGGGUUCGGGGGCAUGCCCCCCCCCCCCCCCCCCCCCACAGAAUUUAUCUUUUUUUUUUUUUGCGACGGCCUCUCUCUNAAAUUUGAGUUAACGUACGUAGCCCCUUGAGAUCGAUGAUAUGGUAAUUUUUUCAUAGUAUAUUGACUGAAUUGCUGAAUUCUUUGUAAUAUCAUGAUGCGUUAAAAAUAUCUGAUGAUCGCUUAUGUAAAAUAAAAAUGAUCGGCGAAAUUCGUCAAAAUUUUACCGAGGCGAGUGCCUCGGUUGGCCUCAUACUAGCUACGGCGCUGAUUUCAGUUGAGUUUUGGCGAAAUCCUAAUAAUUUCACGAGCCCAAAAGCUCGGGAAAUUAUUAGAAUUUCGACAAAACGCAAUUGAAAUUAUUCUCUAAUUUCACGAGUAUACUAUUUGAUUACCCUUAAUAUCAUAGGUGACGAAUUACGAUUGCAAUCGUGGAUUUUUGACAUGUUUAUCCUGGUUUUAUCGCAUCGAUCGGAGAGAACUCCACUCUCUCAAAAGUUUAGAGCUUGAAUUUGGCUUGAGUUCAGAAUGUCUCGACAAACUAAUCCUUCUUGAUGUGUUCUUUCGUGUGUUUAGGUUUUACAAAGCGUCUUUUAAUGCCCUGUCAUCUUCAUUCGUAAAAUUUUAAAACUUCGUCGCCAUCUUUGCACUGAGACGUACGGAAGGUUGCCAUGGUAAUUUUGUCAUUUCAUAUGUGAAAUGACAAAUUAACGCUGAAAUUUCGCGCCAAAAUAAAGGAAUAAUUCGUCAACCAGUGAUAUUACAUCCUUUAAUAAUUGAGGAGGCUUUUCAGUUGUAGAGCAUUAGCCUGCGAGGAAGCUCUAAGGCGCUCUAGGGGCAGGGAGGAAAAGGAGCGCCCGGAAGAACUUGUUCGUAGGCCAAGGCGCUCAAACGUUCUUUUUGUUUGUUUGUUUGCUUUGUGUUUCAACCGACAAGGAUUCUUAAGUUUUUUGCUAGUUCAGUUACAAUGUACCUAUGUUGGUAAGUUUCACUCGUAUUUUGCUGAAAAAUUUCGAUGAUCGUACUUUUCCUUGAAGGAAGCGUUUACUUCAGCUGAAUAUAUUUUACCAGUCUGUGGUCACAGAAGUAACAAAGGAAAAGCCUUCCUACGACAUCCAUGCCUUCGGAUGUAAGUAAUAUGAUUGAACCAACCGUCAGCUUUUGUGAUUAUAACAUGCUAUUAUAAGUAGAGUUGUUACGCUCGACAGUAAUGAAGCUUCUAAAUUGGGAUGGGUGGGAGCGAGAAAUCCCAUUUCAGGGGCUGAAUUAUUUUUAAUCCCGGCCCAGGUUCCUAUUAAUGGACAGGAUGCGCAGUAAAAUUCCAUGGACAGUGGCUUAAAUCUCACUUUCCAGCCCAAAUCAGUACUGACUUGCAUGCGUGGCUUAACAUUCAUUGCUAAUAGAAAAUGUGAAUUUGUUAGUCACUCGUAUGAUUACAUACUGAAUUGGACUCCACCCACUCCUAUUACCAUUUUUAAUUGUUACUGUUUAUCCCAACAGCUGACAUUGGAGGAAAUAUGGGUCUUUUCCUUGGAUGCAGUUUACUGACCAUCGUAGAAUUUCUGGACCUUGUUUUGUUAAUUUGCCUUGGGAAUAGCAAACGUGGGCAAAAAAUUAAAGCGAGUCUAUAA